AUGAGGAUUAAAGAGCAGUGGCGGCAGUCCUGUCCGAACGCUCCCGACAUGUGGGGUCGUUCCAUGAGGUUUAUCAUCACAAAAUCCUAUGAGAGCAACGCGGCUGCCGUGACAGGCGACCAGGGCAGGAGAGGGGAGAAGGAGCAGGUGCUUGCGAGCGCCUCCCCAGGAGCGCAGUCCCCGAAGCAGCCUCACGAGGGCGCUGCUGUCCUUGUGCCCAUUUCUCAGAUUCAGAAGCUGGGAGGAGGCUACAUCGCUGCCCCACUCCAGGAUCUGGGAAGCGGAGAGUCGAGCUCAAAAGAAGUGGCCAAAAUGUCUGUGGUCUCCACGCCAGGUCCAGGCUUGACCCUGCCACCCACAACCUGCUCCGCAGGGGGCGAGUGCCCUCGGACACUAGCAGAGGAUGGGGCUGCUGCAGGACCUGGGGCGCGGCUGCGGCGCGAUGCGGGCGGCCGCGGCGGCGUCUACGAGCACCUCGGCGGGGCGCCCCGGCGCCGCAAGCUCUACUGCGCCACCAAGUACCACCUCCAGCUGCACCCGAACGGCCGCGUCAACGGCAGCCUGGAGAACAGCGCCUACAGUAUCCUGGAGAUAACGGCAGUGGAGGUGGGCAUUGUGGCCAUCAAGGGGCUCUUCUCCGGGCGAUACCUGGCCAUGAACAAGAGGGGACGGCUCUACGCUUCGGAGGACUACAACGCCGAGUGCGAGUUUGUGGAGCGGAUCCACGAGCUGGGCUACAACACGUACGCCUCCCGGCUGUACCGGACGGUGCCCAGCGGGCCAGGGGCGCGGCGCCAGCCCAGCGCCGAGAGACUGUGGUACGUGUCCGUGAACGGCAAGGGCCGGCCCCGCCGGGGCUUCAAGACGCGCCGCACGCAGAAGUCCUCCCUCUUCCUGCCCCGCGUGCUGGACCACAAGGACCACGAGAUGGUGCGGCUGCUCCAGCAGGGCCGGGCUCCGCGGAGGGCCACCCAGCCCCGGGGGCGGCGACAGUGGCAGAGGCAGCAGAGCAGGGGAGGUCGCAGGGCCCCCCAGGCCUGA